AUCUCAAAAAAAUCACAAUCUCUAUUCAAACGCACUUUUUUCUCCACGCUCUUUCAUCUUCGCCGUUAACAAUGGAAGACACCAACACUGACCACGAAAAUCGCUUAUCCCAAAAAAUCGCUUCCAUCCUCGACGAAAUUCGAAUCUCAUACGCAACACACAACCGCAAACUCAAAGAACUCUCUCUCCUCCGAUCCAAAUCCACUUCCCCUUCUCAUUUCUUCUCCGCUUUCUCCAAAUCCCUAAUUCCUCUCUUCAACUUCCAUCGUCGUCUUGCUUCCGCUGACCGUGUCGUUUCCUUCGUCUCUUCUUUUACUGCUGCUCGGAACUCUGCAGAUGCCGAAGUUUGCGAUGAGUUUCUGGAUCAUUUCCUUCAUUUUCUGCUUGUUGCUGCCACCGCCGCAGAUAAGACUGUUAGAUUUAGAGCAUGCCAGAUCGUCUCCGAGAUAAUAUUGAGGUUACCGGAUGAUGCAGAAGUGAGCAAUGAUUUAUGGGAUGAGGUGAUAGAAUGUAUGAAGGUUAGGGUACGAGACAAGAUCCAUGUGGUUCGUACUUUUGCAGUUAGGGCGCUUGCGCGUUUUGUGAACGACUCUUCCAAUGUUGACAUCCUUGAUUUAUUUCUCGAGAUGCUUCCCUUGGAACAGAAUGCGGACGUUCGUAAGAUGAUUGUGUUGUCUUUGCCUCCUUCCAGCGCAACCUCUCAAGUUAUCAUUGAUUGUACCUUGGAUGUGAGUGAAUCUGUUCGCAAAGCAGCAUACUGUGUUCUAGCUAAUAAAUUUCCUCUUCAAAGCUUAAGCAUUAAGCUCAGGACCAUAAUUCUUCGGAGAGGACUUGCUGACCGAUCUGCUGGUGUCUCGAAGGAAUGUUUUAAAUUAUUGAAAGAUGAAUGGCUUAUAAAGUGCUGUAAUGGUGAUCCUUUAGAACUUCUGAAGUAUCUCGAUGUUGAAACCUAUGAAUCAGUAAGCGAGUCUGUCAUGGAGGCACUUCUAAAAGCUGGUUUAGUAAAGCUAAAGAAUGGUGCAAGUAUCCAGCAGCAUAUAACAUCAAACAGUGACACAGCAGAAGGGGAAGGGGUUCAUUGUCCACCAAGCAUUAUAUUGAUGGAAGCAGAGGCUGCUCUUUAUUGGAGAACUGUUUGCAAACAUUUGCAGUCAGAAGCACAUGCCUUAGGCUCCGAUGCUGCAGCCACAGCCGGUACCGAAGCAGAAGUAUAUGCUGCAGAAGCAUCUGAUAAAAAUGACCUUCUAGAAAAAAUUCUUCCUGCUUCAGUUGAUGAGUACAUAGAGUUGGUCAGAGCCCAUAUCGUUGCUGGACCAAACCAUCGCUUUGCAUGCCGACAACUACUUUUGCUUGGUGCUAUGUUUGAUUUUUCAGACACUUCAUAUAGAAAAGCUGCUAGUGUGUUUCUGCAGGAGCUGAUGAGCAAGCCUCCUGAGCACGAGGUUGAUAAUGAAGGGAAUGUCGUUGUCAUUGGAGAUGGCUUAAGUUUUGGUGGAGAUACUGAUUGGGCAGAAGCCAUAGCCAAAUUAGCAAAGAAAGUCCAUGCGGCUCCUGGUGAAUUUGAAGAAAUUGUUCUUGCAAUCAUAGAGAAGCUAGCUCAACCUUGCAGGGAGAGAACAGCAGAUUGUGUGCAGUGGAUACACACCCUUUCUCUUAUUGGUCUUUUACUGAAAAAUGCAGCGUCCAUGCGCUUUCUUCAGGGCAAAGCUAUAGAACCAGAAGAACUACUCCAGUCUUUACUUCUUCCUGGGGUGAAACAAUCUCACUUGGACGUGCAAAGAAUUGCUGUAAGAUGUCUUGGUCUCUUUGGGCUUUUGGAGAGGAAACCAAAUGCUGAACUUUUGAAACAGCUAAGGACUUCAUACAUUAAGGGGCCACAUUUAAUUAGUAUAGAGGCUGGUAAAGCAUUAAUUGAUCUUGUGAUGUGGCACGGUCCUCAAGAAGUUGACAGGGUUUUAAGUCACGAUAUUCCAAGCCAAGUAAACUGUGACAAGAAAUGUUUUGUUCCUGUGAACUUCUCUGAUUCUGAAGGGGAUUCAAACUCAAAUGUUGACAUUCUUGAUCUUUUAUACGGUGGCUUUGAAAAUGAAGACUGGGCUAAUCCUUUAACUAGCAAUGAAGAUGAAUGCAUUUAUGCUGUUCUUGGGGAAGGCUUUGCGAAAAUUCUUCUCCUAAGUGAUAACUAUCCAAGCAUAUCGGCUUCUUUGCACCCUGUGCUUUUAUCUAAGCUCAUUUACUUGUACUUCAGUGAUGUAUCAGAAAAUAUGCACAGGUUGAAGCAAUGCUUAUCUGUUUUCUUUGAGCACUACCCAUGUCUCUCAACAAAUCACAAGAGGUGUAUAUUGAAGGCUUUUAUUCCAGCUAUGCGUUCAAUGUGGCCUGGAAUUUUUGGCAACUCUGGGGGUUCCCCUUUUAUGGUGUCUCAGAUGCGUAAGCGUGCGGUUCAAGCUUCACGAUUUAUGUUGCAGAUGGUUCAGAUUCCAUUAUUUGUUAAAGAGACUGAAGCAGUGAGUGAAAACUCUGGUACAGAACACCCACAAGUUAUAGACAGUAUUGCUGAAGUUCCAUUUGAGUGUGGUGAGGAGGGGCUCGCACUACGCAUAGCCAUAGAGGUCACAAGCUUUCACUCGAAGAAGGUAGCUGCUGAGAAGGCAUAUGUAUCUGCAUUAUGCAAAAUACUUGUCUCACUUCAUUUUCGGUUAUCAGAACAAGGGCCCAUAAAAAUUAUGAGGAAACUUCUAUGUCGUAUGGCUGAAUGUGUAUCUUCAGAGAAGGAUCUUGUUAAAGAAUUGAAACGCAUGGCUGAUCAUCUAAUGACAAUUGACAGGCAACAAGAUCAAGAAUUGUUGCAAGACGAAGUUAAUCUCAUUUUGGGAAAACUGGAACUCGACUUCAACCUGGAUUUGGAUGUUUCUGUUGCAAUGCCACAAACACCAGCUGCACAGCCAACAAGAGCCACACGUGCAAGGAGAAGGGUAAGGAUCGAGGAAGAUAGUUCUGAUGAUGAAGAAGAUUCACAACCUUCUGUUGUUCCUACUCCCGUUAAUACGGUAAAAGGUCGCUCACAGAGAGCAAGCAAAACUGCAGCCAUGAACAAGAUGUCGUCUGCCAUUAGAUCACCCAUAAUUGAUGAAUUUGAAGAGCAAGAGGAGGAAGAAGAAGAAGCGUCGAACUUGACAUCUGAAGAUUCGGAAGAAUCCGACUAGUCUAGUUAAAUAUGUAGCUAACAUGGUAUAUGUAAUGGUCAUCUCUAUGUAAUUUAUUAAACAUGUAUGUUGUAUUGUUUGAUUUAGAUUGCAGGUUUUGUACAGAACUGCGUCAAUAGUUAAUCUUGCAUUUGCUUGUGCAAGUCAUAGGCUAUUAGUAUUGCAUUUAGUUUGAAUGAAUGAAAUUCACAUGUUCAGUAAUCUAGUAAUUAUUACCCGUGACUCUGUUGGCCAUUUGGUAUUAAUAGCAAGUUUAAUUUGUAAUUGUA